AUGCCCCCUCGACGCGUGUGGGAUCUUUAUAGCAAUCGUGUGGUACCCCAAGGAAUUGUCACCGAGAAGAAACCAUGGGCGAUAUCAUACGCAUGGAUGGAUCCUGAACAUCUUCCCAUCCAUAUAAAUGGCAGUUUGGAUCUCGUCCGAAUUGAGAUGUUGAGACUCGGCGCAGAAUACAUCUGGUUGGACGUACUCUGCUUGAGGCGACACAGAAAAGAGGAGAAUGAGCCUCUGCGUGAGGAGGAAUGGAAACUUGACGUACCCACUAGCGGGUAUGUUUAUCACGAAACCGAGAUAAUCGUGUACUACUUCUGCGGACUGGGAGGGGCCUUCAGCUUGACGAUGGAUGACUUGCAUAGUUCCCGAUUUUUGAUGAACCGUGCGUGGACGUUACAGGAGAUAAGCAGGAAGUGGAUCAUUGCCGGGGUCACUAGCGAUGGAGCAGUGGCGACCCCGCAGACGGCCGCGGAGCAGGACUACAAGGUCGUGCUGGACAGGAUCCAUAAACAAUUGGGGUUGCUGGUAGACAUCGUACACCGCGUCGACAAUGUGUUUGACUUGCUAAUGCAUCAUCGCAAACGCCAGUCAGAGCAUGCGGUGGAUCAUGUCGCAGCAUUGGUAUUUCCCCUACGGUUCAAGGAAAUACCAACGUAUGAUGAGACACAGUCUGUUGAAGAUCUUUGGCUCGCUGUGGUAAACACCAUGCGAAAGAAACACCGGGGAGAUCUGUUCUUCCUGUAUCCUACACCUGGGAGCGAACGGACUUGGAGACCAUCGUGGAACCAAGUCAUCACUGAGCAGUGUCUUCCGGAAGGCAAUGUCAAUCUGUACGCAGAUGUAGAGCGCCACGAAGAGACGGAUUCUGAUUGGUACGACAGGAUGUGCAUUGAAGAGGGCCGGGUACAGGGACUGAGUGCAGAAGAUCCGAAAGGGUCACUACGACAUGGGAAAUUAGUUGUCAAAGACAAAACCGGGACACUGCAUUCACUCGAAGUCGUCGCCGCUCAUCUAUACGAUAUACCCGACGAUUCGUACAAGUUGAUAGCCAGCGGCCAACGGAAAAAUGGUGCAUUCGUGACCCGUGCGCCAUCAACAGAAAUUCAUUGGGUCGCCGGACGAAGAUUGCCAGAGCAGAAGUUUGAGAAGGUCUCCGUGUUCACGAUGAGGGAUGCGGAGGAGAUACAAAUGUUGAAGAAAUUGAGAAUCACUAAACGGUCAAUUCAGAACUAUCUUGUUUGA